GACAUGAGGUUAGGACUUAGGAAAAUUCAUUGGUCUUAUUGAGGAAAUUUAAAAGGAGGAAUUAACAAAAUAAACUGAGCGAGAGAAAGAGAAAGGUAAACAGUAAACACCCCCGCUUCCGUUUCUUCUAGUUAUUCUCGACGUCGCUCCGGCGUGUCGCUCACCACGAGCACCAGAUCUGGCCCCGUCUCCUCUCAACGUCUCUAGCAUACUAACUUCCUCACUCUCUCGUGCUCUUGCCAUGAAACCCCCAAUUGAACUUGACGACGAGAACGCAGCACCCCCGUAAAUGUUCUCCCUCGUUCUUCCUCUCUGCCCUCCUUGUCUCCGUUGAAUACUAGUGUACAUGUGGUGAAGUCAACGCUUAUCCCUGUCGAGAUUACGGUGAAGGAGGUUUCGAUUCAAGGAACACAUGUAGCUUCUCUUUCGGCUUCAACCCCAACAACCGACGAGAGUCAAAAAAUCAAGACGACAUCUACUAAUUCCACAGCCACUCCAGAUCCUCGUUGGCCUUCUAAGUGUUGCUGGUCAAUGGAGUCUCCACCGCCGGUAACAUCGACUGGCACAGUCUCGAUUGAAGGAAAAAUAUCUGGACCAGAGAUGUCGUCUAAGCCUACGGUAGUGAGCAAUGGUAUUGAAGAUAUGAGGCAUCAAAUAGAUGUCAACGACUUGGAGUCGACUCUCAAGGAUUCAAGUGAAACUGAAUACAUAAUGGGAGUAAGCAACUCUGGUGUUGAACCAGAACUAGAGGCGGCCGGAGGUUCGAAAUCAUCUCCAUCUACUGGCCUCCCUCCAAUAACUACCAUUUCUCCAGAGAUAUCAGUUGAUUCUUCAAUACCUAAAUUUGUUCCUUCAAUUGGAGCCUUGGCCAAACCACUUGCUUUUAUACCACCUGCAACUCCUCCAACGCCUGCAACGCCAAGUGGUUUUGACCUGCAGUAUCUUAACAAUCUCCUUGACUCUUUCUGGCCAACAUUGCCUGAUGGACUUGGGUCAAACCAGAAGAAAAAAGACCAUCCUAGUCUUACCAGAGAAUUUCCUCGUAUGCCGGUUCAAAAAAUUCUGGUCCCCGAACUUAAAGAGGAUGGAACAUUAAGGUUUCCAUGGGCAGCCAGAAUGGACCCUGCUACCAGAAACCUCUACCGAGCGGCCAAGCCAACUUUUCGACAUGAUGGAACGCCUCAGAUAGUUGCUACUCAAGAUUGGGUCUCAGCCACGUGGCGUCCGGACUUGGUGAGCCUAUGCAAACACAUAAACCUCGACGUGAUCCGACUUGUUUGGGAGAAGCAAAGUUGUUGGUUGAAGUAGAACUUGAUAAACCUUUUCCAAAGAAAAUUGUCUUAGAUGACAAACAAGGUAAUAUUUUCUUGGUGGAUGUUGAGUAUACAUGGAUUCCAAGUGUUUGUGGUAGGUGUGGACAUUUGGGACAUAUGGAAAAAAGAUGUCUCCUUCCAGCUGUCCAAUUGAAUGUGGAAACAAGUCCCACACUUGAGGAUUUACCCGCUGAAGAGCCUCAGGUUGAAAUGGAAAAAGUAUUAGUGCAGCCUACUGUUGCAUCAAAUAUCUUGGUGUUACCAGCUGAAAAUGUGGAGUCAAGUUUGGUCUCAGCUGAAGAAGCAUGAGAGGAACUUACUGAGCAGACUUUGGAACCUACUAAAGAAAGUGGUAUUGAACUCAGAGAUGAGCUGAAGGAAUUUUCCACUCCAGUAAACAAUCUCACUUGCUCUAAGGUAUAUUUAGCCACUGGCUCCAACUCUUUUUUGACUUCAUCACCAUUAGCAGACACACAAUCUUCUCCAACUGAAGCUAAUAUUAUGGAAGAAAUUUCAUCCCCUGUUAUUGUCUUUGAGGCCAACUCGGUUUCACCGGACAAUUCAUUGGUCCCUCUAUACUCUCCUGCACAUGACAGUCCUUCUGUUACUCAAAUUGCUUGUAAUGAGCAAGAUGAUGAGAGAGGAUAUAUGAGUGAUGCUACGGCAAACAUCAACAUGUCACGAGGUGGAAGGCCAAUAAAACCAGUCCAAAAGUUUCAAGAUAUGGAAUGGAAAACGGUAAGAGGAAGGGGUAAAAGGGGUCGUCGAGGCCGCGGAAACUACCCUCCAUCCUCCUAGUAGUUUCAUCUCUCUCUUGUUUCAUUAAGCUUAUGAAUCAUAAGUCUUCUUCUAUGUAAGCUAAUGCUUGGUUGAGUAUGAGGUAUUUCUCAUCAUACUUAUUCAAACUUUAUGGUUGUUUUAACCAUACAUUGUAUGUUUUUAGUAUUUUUAAUUGAAAGCCUUUUUACAAAAAAAAAAAAGAGACAUGAGGUUAUGGCUUUGUAUGAAAGUAAUUGCGGAAGUAAGAGCACCUCCAAGGGGUUCUACCCAUUGAAAUUCUAAACUUUCAUGUUUUAAGAAAUUUUGGGUUGGGUUUUCCGUAAGUAAUGAACUCCACAAUUAUAUAUGCAUAUAUAAUAUAUACAUACAUAUACAUAAACAUAUAUAAAAGUUUAGAAUUCCAAUAGGUAAAACCCCACAUUGGAGUGCUCUAAUGCUUCGAGUUUAGGUCAAACACCACAUUAUAAAAGUUCCAAUUCGCUACUCACUUAGAAUUGACAAUCCAUUAUAGCGUUAGGGUAAUUAAAUGUACAUACAUUAUCUAGCUAUUUAGUAUUAUAUGGUAUUUAAUCAAUGAAGCUAUAAGUUUGAUGAAUGUUGACAUGCAGAUCCCGAAAGCAUAAGCAAAUAUAGCCAGGUUUCAUGCAUCAAAUACUAUAUAUAGCUUAAACUAUGGAGAAACAAAUAAUAACAUCGUCAAAAAAAUAUCUAACAAAUAGUUAACAAAAAAAAAUAUAAUAUUCCAUUAAUAUAUCCUUUCCUCGAAAUCCGUCCAUACAUGUAUAGAACCUAUAACAUACAAUCAUACAUGACAGAACCAUCUAUAUAUGAUUCCAUUAGUGAUCGUUUUAGGCAUUACACGACAUUAAUUAAUAAUUACAUCUCCAUCCUUUAAUCAGUAGUAAUAAGCCGACAAUGGUGGCGGUCGGGGCGAAGUGUCUUCCUCGUUCAGCUUCACCUUAAUACCAAAAGUCU